GUCUGUUUCAGCCUGGUUGUUUUGUCUCUUCCCGCCGAUCCGACACCCACGAUCUGAGACCUGGAUGCUUCUAUUUCGAGGAGAUAGCCGCGAUGCGGAUUAAAAUAGCUUCAUCAUGCGGGUGUUGAAACGGUGAGGAUGUUCUAUAACUACUUCGUGUGUCCUGUGGUCUGGAUGGAUUUAUAGCUUCAAUCUUUGGUCUUCCUUUGGCUUGUCGUGGGAUUCGCGACGGAGACAUAUUCUUCGAUCUACACCUCAGUAUAGGUAGUGGAGUGAGUGAUCUUACCAGAUCGAUCAGCAUGAUCCUCCCCCACAACAUCCACCCCUCCUAUCCACUUCUACACACCCGAUCAAACAGUAACCCAAGCGACAACACCACACAAGUCAUCGUCGGUGUCGUUGUAGGCGGCGUCGCAGUCAUCGCUAUGACGGCAGGAAUCCUCAUCUUCUUCCUCAAAAAGCGCAAACGCGACCGUGCAUCCCAGCACGACGACCAGUCUCUCGCCCUGCACGGCUCCGUCAGACACGGUCGCAAAUCCCGUGACGAUGCCAUCACAGCGCAGCGCCCUUCGUCUUCUUUAUCUUUUCCCCAUCCUAUCCACACGGUGGGCGUAGGCGUCGAUUCGCGCGCUCACAACCAGUCUCCGUCUCCGCCGCCUGCGUAUCAGCCUCGUCUCCCGGUGUAUGAUCCGUCGCGGUAUCAGAGAGUUGAUGCCCCGCAGCAUCAGAUGGGAUGGCCGUCUGUGCCGAUGCCGUCGCAUAUGCAAGCGCAUGCGUAUUCGCACACGCAGACACAGAUGCAGAUAGCUCCUACUCACCUAGCUCCAACUCAUCCCACCCCAAAUUACCUCGUCCCUAGUCAGCAGCGACAGCAACAGCAACAGCGACAGCCCCAGCAUCAGCAGCACCAGCACCAGCAGUAUUAUCUCGCAGAUGGGGCCCCCGUGCCCUACCCCCAGCCGCCACUUGCUGUGCCGCACAGCCAGACCAACACGAACCGCUUCUCGUUUGAGCCGCGGCAGUCGUGGGUGCAGAUGGCUCCUGAAGAUGUUGCUGUUGCUCGGGCAGCGCAGGCGUCAUCUUCCCCUGCCAACUCUCCUCCUACAGGAGGAGAAGCAGAAGACGAUAGACCGGCAGGAGAGACGCAGCGACCGCGCAGAAAAAGACCGGUGCUGUCCCGGCUAAUCACUAAUUUGGGGUAGACAGUGGAUGGGGAUCGUAUAGCUGUGGUUUGGUUUUGUUAAUGGUGUUUGGGUUUGGUGUUUGGGGGAGAUGGAAUGGUACGGUGUUUGGACUUGAUUUCUUUUUUUUCACAGCCAUGUCGUUCUUUGAAUUGAUGUUCUUGAGGGUCUUGCUUUGGCGGUCACGAUGCUCAUGAUGACUGAUAAAACCAUGAAUGAUAAUGAUUAUGACUGAUUUUGUCUUUGUAGACAAUGUUUUUUUGGUAUGAAUGGGUAGUGGAUUAGGACGAUAUACCAGUCUGUCCAUGAUAUAUGAGACUAGGAAUAGACAGGAUAGACAAUGUACU